CGCAUUUGUAGAAACGUUGUAGCAAUAAUGCACUUUAUAUCAGCGGACGGGUGGACUGGUUUGAGUUAGGAUAGGUAGCCAGAACAGUAUGUAAGUGAUGUACAUCCUCUAUAUGUGACCUUCAUGUCCAUACCAGUAUCACAAACACAAAAAGCACCACCACCCGAAUUUUUCUAAAACCCUACACUUCUUCAUCUUCAUUUCUAGUCCCAAGCAUGAGUAGUGAAAACCGAGAGUUCCACAUAUUCUUGUUCCCUUUCAUGGCUUAUGGGCACAUGAUACCAGUCUCAGACAUGGCAAAGCUAUUUGCAGCACAAGGAGUGAAGACAACCAUAAUCACAACCCCUCUCAACGCCCCAACAUUCUCUAAAGCCACCCGAUCAAGAAAAACCAACUCCGGCCGCAUCGAAGUCCAAAUCAAAACCAUCAAGUUCCCUUCUCAAGAGGCGGGGCUGCCAGAAGGGUGUGAGAAUCUGGACUCACUCCCCACACCAGAAUUCGCCAAUAAUUUCUCUAAAGCAUUGGGCUUGCUCCAAAAACCACUCGAACGGCUGCUACUUGAAGACCAACCGUCUUGCCUUGUAGCUGACAUGUUUUUUCCUUGGGCAACUGACGCUGCUGCAAAAUUUGGCAUUCCAAGGCUCGUUUUUCAUGGGACUAGUUUCUUCACUUUGGCUGCAUCAGAUUGUGUGAGGCGAUAUCAGCCUUUCAAGAACAUGUCAUCUGAUUCAGAACCCUUUGUGAUUCCCAAUCUUCCCGGGGAGAUCAAGAUGACAAGAGCCCAAGUGCCUUAUUUUCUGAAGGAGAAUAUUGAAAAUGAGUUUACCCAGUUAAUGAAACAAGCUCAUGACUCUGAGGUGGGGAGCUAUGGUAUUGUUGUCAAUAGUUUCUAUGAACUUGAACCCGUUUAUGCAGAUUAUUACAGAAAGCUCUUGGGGAGGAAGGCAUGGCAUAUUGGUCCUCUUUCUCUGUGCAACAGGGACAAUGAGGAAAAAUCAUAUAGAGGAAAGGAAGUCUCUAUUGAUGAGCAUGAAUGUUUGAAGUGGCUUAAUUCAAAGAAACCCAAUUCAGUGGUUUAUGUGUGCUUUGGGAGUACGGCUAGAUUCAGUAAUUCUCAGCUGAAGGAGAUUGCAGCUGGGCUUGAGGCUACUAGGCUGGAGUUCAUUUGGGUUGUGAGGAGAGGCAAAAAUGAUGAUGAUGUGGGCAAAGAGGAUUGGUUGCCUGAAGGGUUUGAAGAGAGGAUGGAAGGAAAAGGGCUAAUCAUAAGAGGGUGGGCUCCACAAGUCCUGAUUCUUGAUCAUGGGGCUGUUGGGGGAUUUGUGACUCAUUGUGGGUGGAAUUCCACAUUGGAAGGAAUUGCUGCUGGGUUACCUAUGGUGACAUGGCCAGUGUCUGCAGAGCAAUUUUACAAUGACAAGUUGGUGACCCAAGUGUUGAAAAUUGGGGUUGGUGUUGGUGAUCAGAAGUGGGUAAGAGUUGAGGGUGAUAGCGUCAAGAGGGAAGCUAUUGAGAAAGCUGUGACUCAGAUUAUGGUGGGUGAGGAAGCAGAGGAAAUGAGAAGCAGAUCCAAGGGACUAGCAGAGCAGGCAAGAGGGGUUAUUGAGACAGGAGGAUCAUCCCAUUUUGAUUUGAAUGCUUUAAUUGAAGAGUUGAGUUCCCAUAGGUAAAGUUGGACCUCACAUACAAAAUGA